AGCACACCAGAAAGAAAAGUUUAAUUGGCAGUAAAAGGUGACAACGCAAGCAAAACGAACAAAAUUAUCAUCUACGUAUACGUAAAAAUUUAAAAGACAAGUUUUUGAGUCCGACGCCGCUACCGCAAUGUCAUGCCGUGCACCCUUUCAACCCGAUGAGCAAUACGAACAAUUACGUCGACCGAAUCUUGGACCAAGUGCAGCAAUUCCCAUCGCACCACAACUUGCUCCAACAAUGCCUCUAGAGCAACAUCUAUUCAAUGAGUUUACUCCUGUCGGUUAUGCCCCAGCUGCUUUUACACCAGGCCCUCCUGUUAUUUAUGCAGCUCCUUCACAGGCACAAAUUAUGGGCGACGUAGCAAGUGGUUUUGGGCAUUCCAAACUAUCGGCCAGUGCAGCUGAAUAUAUACCUAACCAAUCGAAUAACACUAACAUGGGUAAGCGUGGACCGCCACCACAGACUUAUCAACAUCAAUCGUCAGGGCCAACGCCUUACGCAGUACAUCAGCAACAUCGUUAUUUGAAUGGUCACAAGCAACAGCAGCAGCAUCAACAUCAACAUCAGCAGCACAAAAAUUAUAACCACCAUCCACAAAAUCAGCAGUAUAACAAUGAUAUGCAAAAGCUGUCUAACUCGGUGCAGGCUCGUCUACAUAUUGGACAACUACCACCGCAUAAUGGUACAAUGAGUAAUUACUACCAACAGCAGCAGGUACAAACAUUGCAACAUCAACAGAACACACAAGAACCACAAACAAAAUUUCAACGCCAUGCACAUUUAAAUAAUUCAUUCCAACAAAUUGCACAACAGCCGCCGCAACGACAGCAAUAUUUUCACCAGCCCCCACAACCGUCGACUUCGUCUGCUGCAGUUUCGAAUUCGUCGGCCUCUUCUCAUCCUGACAUGGAAACCAUUGCCUUGGAAUAUCUCGAUACUGUAAUACAUUGCCUUAACCAGAAUCCAGGCCAAUUCGAUACAAUCGCAUCACGUUUCCUUACCAUCUUUGAAGGAAUGGAGAGUAAUAAUUAUGUACUCUCUAUCGCUAUGGAAGAUAUAUUUGAAAAGUCAAUCGAGCAACCCAAUUUUAGAUACAUGGGCGCCAAGUUGUAUAACCUGUUGCAUGUGCUCAAUUCUAAACCGGAUUCCUUAUUUCAUACUCUGCUUAAAUUUAAGCUGGAUUAUCACCGGGCAGAACUAGACAAAUAUAUGCAGUCGGUAGAGCAACAGCAAAAAGUUAGAGAGACGGCCCUGUUUCUCGCUGAAUUGUACAUGCAACUACGUGGAGACGACGACGCCCGUAUCCAACUAAUUGCCGUUAACAUAGUAUACUCGUUGAAAAAACUUUUAGCAUACGAGAGUUCUGAAAAUGUGCGCUGUAUUUGCCAAACGCUGAAGUUGGCCGGUUACGAUCUAAGUGCAGAUUGCAAACAAGACAUGCAAUUUAUUAUUGCUUCGUUACAGGAUAUUGAAUACAAGUCGCCUGGUAAAUAUGCUAUGGUUGCAAAUGUCAUAGCCUUGCAGGAAAAUAAUUGGGGACGAAAAGUUUCAAAUGCUCUUGGUGGAGAUGAUGAUUCGGUUGCAAACCCACCAGAGCCACCACGUCUAAGCGAUGAGCCUGUAUUUUAUGGCCCAGAUGGGCGUGAACUUACAGCAGAAGAAACAGAUUUUCUAGCUGCCGAAGAUGAUGAUGCCACUGGCAGCGAUGGCGACGAAUUUGAUGUAAGAGAUAACGAUUUGGAUCUCGACCCUGAAAUGGACGAAGAGUCUGAGCGCGCUUACAAGGAAUUUUGUAAACAAGGAAAACAAAUGCAGGCAAACAAGAAAUCUUAGAUUUUGUAUGUGCGAAAUCUGCGUGGUGUUAAUUUGGCGUGACAGCAAGGUUACACUUUAAGUAUACUCAAAUAUUAAGGGAGACGCCUGACAAAUUAUUGGUUGUAUAGUUA